CGGGUCUAUCGCAUCAAUCGCUACGGUUUGGCACUGCCAGUCUAGCAUCCGUGCGCAAAAGCGCCAAGUCGCGCGGGCCUUUCCGUCACAAUCGUAGGAGUUUAUUACUAAAAAGAUAUUAAUGGAAAGCAGAACCACAUUUACAAACUUCCGAAGCCUUGUUUACCAUUAGGACAUAAGUUAACCAUGUACCUACAAGCAAUCAAGAUGAUCCAAACUACUGUUGUGAUGUUAUGCAAUUUCAGAAGAAAGUGGAGUUUUACUUUGUUAAUUUAAACUGUAAAAGUGAAGUUUAUCGAGUGCCAAGUUUAGUUUGUGUUUUAAAGUUAUAGCUAUUCGCUAUUGUGCAGUGCUGUGAUGGGGGGUAUUGAUAAUUCUGAGCAGCAAUACUCGCUGCGAUGGAAUGAUUUCCACGCUAGUAUUUUAUCUUCAUUUCGUCAUCUGAGAGAUGAAGAGGACUUUGUAGAUGUUACAUUGGCUUGUGAUGGCUGUUCAUUUACAGCGCACAAGGUUGUUUUAUCUGCCUGUAGUCCCUACUUCCGAAGUUUGCUCAAGGCUAAUCCAUGCCAACACCCUAUAGUGAUAUUAAGAGACGUUCGCGAGCAGGAUAUGGAGGCGUUACUAAGGUUUAUGUACAACGGAGAAGUUCAUAUUGGACAGGAACAACUCACAGACUUCCUGAAGACAGCUCAGACGCUACAAGUCAGAGGGCUCGCGGACGUCCCGACCAAAGAUCAUCAAAAACUUUUACCAAACUCCAACUCUCUUCCAUGGCCUGUCGCCAGUGAAACACCAACGUUAGCUGACAACCCCCUGUCGCCCCCGCCGAUGAAGCGGAGCCGCAGCUCAGAGCAGCACACGCCCCUCCCCCCCACCAUGACACGGUUCUCUCCCUCCCCCGCAUCUCUCACCAACAGCCACGGCGGGGGACUGGUCAACAGCCAUCAUCCCCCCACACCUACGUCACAGACGGGGCCUGAGCCCAGGGACUCUCUGUUGGGACAGGCGCUGGAGAACUCGCAGGCGCACGUCAACAACAAUAACACCAGUCAGUUGAAGGGGUCGGACUCAUCGGUACACGCCCAGUCUACGGGGGAGGAGAGUAACUCGUCGGGUGAUACGGGUCUGAGUGAGAGAGGGGGCAACAACCCGUCGCUGCCUCCGGGUAUGGACCUGGUACAUCCCAAGUCAGAGCCGCAAGACUACAGUGAACACUCGCAACAACCUCCAACGCCUCACCACAACAACUCGCUGGCUGUACUCGACCCAUCGCGCACGCCUAACUUCCCUGCGGCGCUGCUCGGACUGCAAGGCAUCACAGGCCUUCUGCCCGGACCUUCAGGCAUGCAUAACAAUGGACAGGACAGUAGUUUUGCUCGUCGCGGCUUGGACAUGAUGCGAGUGCGGGCAACGGACCCGCGGCCGUGUCCCAAGUGUGGUAAGAUCUACCGCAGCGCCCACACACUACGGACACACUUGGAGGACAAACACACGGUGUGUCCGGGCUACCGGUGUGUGCUGUGUGGCACCGUGGCAAAGUCACGCAACUCGCUACACUCCCACAUGAGCAGACAACACCGAGGCAUCAGCACCAAGGACCUGCCUGUGCUGCCGAUGCCUUCGCCUUUCGACCCCGAGCUUGCCAGUCGACUACUAGCCAAGGCGGGAGUUAAGGAGGCUUUCAAUGGUGUCAAUGUGCAGGUGUCAGCUGCAGAGUUGAGGGCCCGAGCGUCACCUACAGGUCCGCCGCGCCGCUCUGACACUCGGCUUGAUCUCAAGUCCUCCGGUAGCUCUGUGUGUGGCGGUGACGACCCUGAGGAUCUGACCAUUCAUCACAACAGCGGCUACCCCGGCACGCCACUGUCUGCUCGCUACGGCAGUCUAGAGAUGCGACCUCUCUCUCCCCCUCGUCCCCCACACCAUCCCCUCUCUACACCUCCGCACGCCAUCAAGGACCCUCGCGGACCUUCUACCGGGUCUGCUAUACUGGACACGUAUCUACAGUUUAUAGCUGAGAACUCGCAACUGCAACUGUCAGCUGAGCAGGCAGCCAAGAUGGCCGCCAGGAUGAGUGAAGAGCAGCGACGAUUGGGAUUGGAGGGUCUAGGCGGUCUGGGAGGACUGAACCAUCGGAUGAUGGACCGACCAGAGGACUCGUCUGGGGGAGAGGAAGAAGAAUACAGUGAGGACGAGGAGCCGGAACCUCCGGCUAUAAAGGCAGAGUGACCGACGGACGCGGCAAACCAACUGCUCCACUUCUAACAAACUCAAUCUCAAGUGUUUGAUUUUUAACAGUGAAUGAAUCAAGUGUUCAAGACGAUGUUUUAUUCGAUAUUAAUUUAUUUUAACAGUGUGUCUAUUGACUUUGUUUUACUCAUCGAUGAUCUGAUUUAUACAAAGUGCAAAAUAUUUAUGUUUUGAAUACUAACUCUCCAGUUAGAUUAACUGGUUUCAAUGACUUUUGGUUGAAACGAUUAUUUAAAAACAUUUUUUACUUUUUUUACAAUUUAUUCGGAUACUCAUUUUAGAUGUUUCGUGUCGAGCGUGAACAAUUACCGUAAUUUUGUACUAGGAAGUAAAUAGUUGCUUCCGAUCGAUCUCAAAUAGAUCAGGGAAAGACAAGCUGUUGCAGAAUUGUCUGUGGUUAUUUAUAUUUUGCCUAUUGCCAUAUCAGACUACCUCGACCCCUGUAUAUCUACCUCAUUCCUGUUCUUGAAAACAAUAUAUAUAGAGUAUUUUUCUUUAUACAAUAUAUUUAUGAGAUAUUAUUUACAAUAGUAGAUCAACAAACUAGCAAUACGAAUCGUCUCACCUGUUUUUAUCAGUCACUUUACAAAUAGGCAGUAAGACUGAUCAAAGUAGCUCAGCAUUUAAUAGCAUUUUACACUUGGACAAUUUUUACACAUUUUAUAUUACGUUGUUGAAUAUAUUCCGUUAUUAUUUUAUAGUCGGGUUAAGUUUACAAUGUUGUAACUAGUUUUAAGUUAUUUAUACUCUUACGUGAAGGUGAUUUGUUUGUGAGACAAAAUAUAUCUGUGAGAAUAGCGUCGACAAAGUUAUUUACCAUUAUUUGUUACAAAUUUUAAGUUUUCAUCACCAUUCUACUUAUCAAAAAUAUUAUUUUCAAACUAUCAUUGACCAUUGUUAAUCAAUAAACCGUUACUAGUGUGAUUUGUCUUUUGUUUAACUGAUAGAUGGAACAUUUGAUCGGAUAGUUUCAGUGUCAUUGUCUAAUCACAAACACAUCACCUUCAUGCCUCACAUCACUCAGGUUUGAUCUCACUGUGGAUCCACCUCAUUCCUCUACCUCGGCUUAGGCACAGAGAAUCGGAGGUAAUAUUUUACAGGGAAAACCCUUUAAGAACUAGACACAGUGGUAAACAAGAAUGUAAAGCAUGCUUGUGGGGUGAAUAUAGGUUCGUUAAGACGUUUUGAGUGUUUUUCACUGGGUUUUUACAAUACGUACAUUCUGAUUUAGAAUUUUAUCUCUUGACUCUUCUCUGUGCCUCGGCUCUCUAGUACAAGCUCUCUACCUCAAUCAGCUCUCUAGUACAAUCUCUCUACCUCCAGUACUUAACAUGUACAUAUUGUUAUGGGUUUGCCACUUCUCCACUUUAGAGUUUAUUUUACUUGUUUUCUUUCAUAUUUUUAUACAUCGCACUCAUUAUUUACAUCACCGACCGGGUUCAAAUAAUUUGGAUAAUUGUGUACUCCAUUAUGUUAAAACAAUCAUAGAACAGUACCUGACUUAGGACAAGUUCGGAUUUAUAAGGAAUAUUUGUGUCUAAAACAAUAAAUCGUUAAAAAUUAUCUCACGAAUCAGGGUAUGGUCUCAGCGUGUACAGAUGUCUGUACUCGCUGGAGAAUUUAUUUACAGCAAUAUUUAUAGACAUUUACGCUCUCUGGAGUACAAAUAGAUUAGAAACCUCCAUAGUACAAACGUGUCACCCAAUAUGCCUUGUAGCUUCCUCAAUGCUUCCAUUGCUUGCUUAUAGUCUCAAUACAGGUACUAGGUGUAGUAAUGUCCUCUUGUAACCUCAAGUACAAACGGAACUCGCGUAAAGACACACUUUUCUAUCAUUUUAAUGUAAGAUAGUUUUUUUUUUCUCAUUUAUUCUUGUUCUUCAAACAUGUUUUGUUUUUAAUUAUGUCAGACAGUCAAUUUUUUACUUAAAGCUGAUCUUUUAUUUUUACUCUUAUUUACCCCCUUGUUUGAAUCAACUCAGGGGAAGACCUACUAAAGACAGUUUGAUUAAAAGCAAUACCUUCCAGUGCUGGUGUAGUACCGAGAAGACUGAUUCGUAGCCUUACAUUACAUAGACAGUAUUACUCCAGUACUGGCCCAUGAGUGUGUCUUUGCGUAGGUUCAGACCAUCUCUAUCUCAUAGUCAUAGUUGUAGACAGUCUGGGGGAGCUUAUCUCCCAUCUCAGGUAUUUGUUAUCAGUCUUUUGUUGCGGGUUUUAUUUACUUCAUUGCGGGUCAAUAGUUUAUCAUGUUUCUGUUACUUACAGUUUAUGUUGUUGUUUUCGUUUCUGCUGGUCUAGAAUGCUGGUUUUGUUGUAUUGUUUUAUUGUGGAUGUUUAUUCAGUUCAGUUUUCAGUUGAUCGGCCGUUUUAUGUAAUACAGCUUGAUAACUCAGCAGGAAGUAUGAAUACCAAUAAAGAUUUUUAAUUGUUGAAGAGAAUAUAUUUUUUAUAUUUUUGGGCUUAUCUUAAAUUUUUGAAAAUGAGGUUUACCUCAGUAAAGACAAGUAUUGUUUCGGAAAUAUCGAUGUAUACGUGCCAGAUAUUGUUUGAAAAUUUAUAUAUAUGAUUCCAAUUAACGUUCGUUUAGUCUACAUCGGUUUUACAGCUUUUUAUAAAGAUUGUUAAUGUUUGCAUACGUGUACAGUCAGUGGAUGCACUAGUACAGUCUUAAGAGCUAGAACUACAGUAUAAUUUUUAUAGCAAUAUAACACAAAUAAGUAGAUUAAAUAGUGAUGAUACGAUGUUAUAUGUCGAAGGUAACCGGUGUAGAUAGCAGAUAGCGAAUAGCAGUGGUGCUUGAACAUGAAAGUUGUACAUAUAAUAUGGUGCUUCGCCCUAGGUGUGCUAGCCUUGUAUUUAAGUUCUAGCUAGGUUUUGGUUAGCGUUAAGUCUCUUACAAUACUCUUUUGUUCCGGAAUUCUUGUCUUUGUACUGAAUUUUAGAGAAUGUUUUUUGUAAUUUGAGAUUCUGUUAGAAAAAAUAUUUUUGAAAUUUUUGUUGAAUAAACAUAGAGUUAGUCGUGUGUUAGAGUUGUUGUUCGAACGUCCAUUUAUAAUAAACGUUGUUAGUUUUUUAAGCGUCCCUGGUAUGGCCAUCGCAUCCAAUGUUUCUUUAAUGUUAGUGCAUGCUUUUAUUAAUAUCGUUUAGUCGGAUUUAUCCUAAUGUUAGUCCCGUUAAUUUGUUGCUUUUGUAAUUAUAGUUUUAUCGUCGGAUAGGGAUAACGUUUGCGAGCUUAUUUAAAAUCAAAUAGGAACUUAGAUUCGUGUAUCAGUGCCAUAUAUUUCAAUGACAAUUAUUGGUUUUGUGUUUUGUUCCCCGGCAUGUUUAUAUUUUGUGGUUCCUAUCGUAGUUGGCCCUUACCCCGAUGGGGACCGGUGCCUUGUUGGUCGAGCACGUGUCAAAUAGUUAAGAAACGUCCGCGUUUCUGUUCACAGUUCCUAUAUUGCUCCGUAGCGUGUCGAGUUAGCCGGCGCGGACAGUGUCUAACUUUACGUCGAUAGUUGAAACAUGUAAGUUGAUGUUGUUAGAUUGUAAGAGUAAAAAUGAUUAUGCAAAAUUUGAACGUGUUGAUUAAUGUUUAUUGUUUUUAUUUACGUUUGAUAGUGUAUCAUUUAUUGGAUGUUUAAUUAUACUAUUACUAAUUAUUGUAAUGUUAACUUAGUAUAAUUUCAGAAAUCAAACUCAGGUCGAGAAGCAAGAUUGCAGGCAGCUUGGUCGCAGUCUCGUCCGUGUAGAUGAUAUAUUAGAGCGCUCGCUGUAGUUGCUGCCCGUCGAUAUAGGCCGUCCACACUCGGAAAUAAUAUCUCUCCAAUAUUAGUGAACUUAUUUUGUACUUAAAUUAGUUAUUUACCUAAAACAUUUAUGUAUUGGUAUUGUUUGCUCCAUGUAAAACAGUUUUGGGUGUUUGAUAGAGUUGUAAAAUGUUAACUUUAAAAUAUAAAUUCCUUUAAAAAAUCUCAUAGUGUUUAUUUCUGAUUUAUAAAAAUUAACUUAUAAUAUUUACCCAAACUCAUACUAUUAAAAAAAAAUUUAUUGUAAAAUUUAAACUAAUUUGUAUCUAAACUACAAAAAAUACACAAAAGAUGUUAGAUAGACAAAAUGAGCUUAGUAGUGUUAAUAAAUGUUAAAUCGAUAAAGGCAAUGGAGCAAGCAAAUCCCCGCAAUAGUCUGAACAAGUUAUUGUCAUUAUAUUAGUGUUGUUUUAGGAUAACAACAAAAAUAGUUGGAUAAUAUGUAUCAUGUGACUUUUGUAGAGAUAUUAUUUGUACAUAAUACUAACAGAAAUAAAUACCAAUA